AUGUCCGAAGACACAAGCCCCCUCGCCUCCCUCUCCCUCACCCACGUCUACUAUGACCCAACAGACCCCCUCUCCCACCUCUGCGCCUGGCUCGCUCUCCUCCCCCAAGCCCUCUGCAUAGUCUACGUCACCCUCUCCCUCUCCACCCGCGAAGCCGAAGUCCUCCUCACCUUCGCCGGCCAACUCGCCUGCGAAGCCGCCAACUUUCUCCUCAAGCGCCUCAUCAAAGAAGCCCGCCCCGCCCGCAUCCCCGGAAAAGGUUAUGGCAUGCCCUCCUCCCACGCGCAGUUCGUCGCCUUUUGGUCCGUCUCCGUCGCGCUUUUCCUCCUCGUGCGAUACCAGCCCGUGCCUAGUCCCUCUAGCGCUUCGCAUCGCAGGGGUGUUUGGCCUUUCGUCCCGCGCUUGGUCGUCUCUGUCGUGGCGCUCGUUACGGCGAUCGCCGUUGCCGCGAGUCGGGUUUAUUUGAGCUAUCAUACCCCGAAGCAAGUAUGUGUGGGUUUCGCUGCCGGCGUGGUUUGCGCGGCGGGUUGGUUUGCCAUCACGGCUGCGCUGAGGGCUUGGGGCAUUUUGGACAUGCUUUUGAAGUUGGAGGUUGCGAGGGUGUUUCUUUUGAGGGAUUUGGUCGUCGAGGAGGAUCCUUGUUGGGCGGGGUGGGAGAGGUGGGAGGGUUUGGUGAGGGGGAGGGAGAAGGCGCGUGGGAAGGGAAAGAAGAGGAAUUGA